GAACUACAACCAAACUGGCACGGAAGGGAAGUUUUUAACGCUAAAGGUCAUAGUUCAUUUGGUGUCAACACAUGUGCGUUCUCCGUAGCCACGCGUUUUGAGGUAUAAAACGUUUAAUUUUAGUACUUUGUGGUUAUUUUUAAACAUAAAAAUGCCAAGAGACAUAUCAUCUUCAUCAAGCGAAGAUGAAGCGGACAAUCAUACCACAAAAUCACCUGUAAAGCAAAACGAAUCCGAUAAGAAGACCACCAGGUACCAGUGUCCUGCUGACUUUGUGUCUUUCUGCCAUAAGCCCUGCAGCAGCACCCUUACAGAGAGUCUGAAGAACAACAAUAAUGAGUUAUGGCUCAUUAAAGCUCCUGCCAGCUUUAACCCAGAAUGUUUCAGUGGCAUCAAGGUGCCCCUCUCAGGUCUCCAGACCCUGAAGGUUCCUACUGCUGCAGGCACAACCAAGACUGUGAAUGGCCAGCAGAUAUACAGCAUCCUGGCAUCCAGCCACUGUACCUCAGAGCUCUGCUUGCUCACCAGCGACAAACAGUCAUCAGAUGGAGUGGUUUUUGGCCCUACUUUUUCAGGCCUGCUAAAUGUGUGUGAGAGCUAUGGAGACAGCAGCGCCAACCAGGCCCCUCAGGUCAUCCCUGCUGCUCCAGCACCCUCCAUACCGCCGGGGCUGAAACAGCGAUUCCACCCCUUCGGCAGUAAGACUCCCACGUUGACCUGCGUGGCAGAGAGUGAGGCGGAUGGAGCCGCCUUUGGGCCCUCGUCCACAACUCUCCGCCCCCUGGUAGUCAAACGAUUCAUAGAAGAAACAUGGCAGGAGGAGGAGGAGGAGGGGAGGAAAAAGAAGAAAAAGAAAAAGAAAGAAAAGCGAAUAAAGACAGAGCGAGAAGAGGAGGUGGAAAAGCUUGUGAGAGUGAAAGAGGAACCUGUAGCUGAAAAUCAGGAUGAAGUGAUGAUGGAGCACCCCUUCCAGGAGGGUGACGUUUUGGAGAAGAGGAAGAAGAAGAAGAAAAAGAAGGACCAGGAGCGAGAGGAGGUGGAGGAGGGCGUGGAGCCCAGUGUGAGGGUGAAGGAGGAAGAGGUAACAGUGAAAUGUGAACCAAUAGACAUGUAUGGCGAUGUAGUGGAGGGCUCGGGAAAGAAGAAGAAAAAGAAGAAGAAAAGCAAAACUGAUAACGACUAGUCUGUCAGUUUGAUGUUUAGUUUUGUUCAUUUGUCUGUUUAUUUUUGACCUUAUGAACACGUCUUGGAGCCAAUUUACUACUAAUUUACUCCCUCUUAUCGAUAGAUUGCAUAAUACAAGGCUUUCUUUGGCAGGACAUUGCAUUCAGAAAAAAAAGAACACAUCCUGAAUCAAUUGAAGAGUGACAUGAAUUAUGAAGUGGAUUCAUCGCAGCAUCUUUGAGGCCAAUGUUCCUAUCAUUUUGAGCUCAGAAAGUGACAGUUUUACACACAAAGAAUGUGUGCAGCCGCAAGCAUCUAUGAGUACAAGGGGGAGUAAGAGUGUACAUAGGGGGAAGUUCUGCAUUUUCUGCCAGUGUCUGUUAAGUCGUGGCACAUUUUAUGGGAUUAUGCUCACACUGUGUUGCUGUUUUUGUGUACAUAUUUACACAACCAGGCUGGUACCAUCACUGGUUUGGCAGCAGGUUCAGAAAACCAGAGGUGAUAUAAAGACAGAAUAAUGGUUCAUUGUCACAGAAUGUUAUUUUUUUUGAGGAUCUGAGUCACAUGUAUUGGAUAAAUUAUGCGUUUGCAGGAAAACACGUUAUAAAAGUGAUUAAAGGAAAUGAAAUGAAAAUGAUAAAGCGUGUUUGUGUUUUGGUCCUGCAGUCGGCUGGUGCAAGUGUGCCAGUACAGCACAACAUUUUCCUCCCAUGCCUUGUUAGAGCAGUGAUUUCAUCCAGAAGGAAUGAAACUUUAACUUUGUUGUAACUCAGACUGCAGCUUUUAAAUUGUGCAACAAUAAGGAAGUACACAAUUUACAGAUCGGUAGUUUUCUAAUGGUCUGGUUUUUGGUGGAAAUCACGUCAUUGGGGAAAGAAGGCAAGAGUUUGCAUUUAUUAAACUAGAGAGUCUGAUCUGUGGACAGACAUUUAAGUUUAUAAAAUUAUUUUAUGAAUGAACAGCGAUAGUAGUAUAUUUGGCAAUACACUGUAUUGUGAAAUAAAUGUAUUGAUAUGUUCAGAUUAAUGUAUUGGAACAAAAUUGACCUUUUAGUAAAUAUCAGAUGGUCGUGUCACCAAUUCUGAUGCGAUGGAAGUUUCUCCCUGAACACAACUGGAACGAGUUUGAAAAUCUGAUUAAAUUGCACUUUCUUUGCACAUUAAAAUCAGUGAAGCAUUUUGUCUCUUCCAUCAAGUAGGUCCAGUGCAGAGUUUCAUGAUGAUCUUUAUGAUCUUUUCAGUGGCUUUUCAACUCUGCCAUGACUCAAACUAUGCAGGAAACUCUUCAUGGCUAUAAUCUGUUGGCAUGCUAAAAGUCAUAUUUAAAUAAUACUGCAUCUCGGCACAAAAUAUUGGCAUCAAAAACCUAUAGUGGUUGAUACCAAGUCUAUAAAUCUCUGCAUAUUCAUUGCCAGCAGAAAUUCCUUUCAAUUAAUGCAACAGAGAAAUAAGCAGUUGUGACAGGGAGAUGGCGCCACACUCCAGCCUGUUUCCUGUGUGGAGCAGCAGCCUGCAGUCUCUGGAUAACCUCUGAGAUUAUUAUUUACAUGCUACCAUUUAUUUUCACUAAUGUAACACAGAUCUUCUGUUGCUGUCCAGACACACACACACAAAGAAAGGAUUUAUAUUUUUUCCAUUUUCCGACAGAAGCAAAUCAUCAGAUCUCAGUGACACUGAGGUGAAAAAUCUCAGUCCAGGCUCUGCAUCCUCCCCUCCUCCCUCCCUCCACUGCUCCCCUCUCCUUGCUCUGCACCGGAGUAUGGUCCUGUUUCUUAAUGAGCUCAGGCACCUCUGGCGCUAUCACACUCUCACCAUCUGUAGUAACCCUCUGCACAUGCUACAAGGCUUUAGUGAUCCAGCCUUGUGUACAUUCACAUUUUGUUUUACAGGCUUUACUCCUUCUAAGGGGUCAACUGGACCCAAAGUGAACAAACCAUGUUAGAGUUAAAUUUUUUUACAUUAACAUACCAAAGAAUUUUUAAAAUAAUUUUCUACUCACUGAAUUGAUGUCUAAUUUUUUGAUUUAGCAGGCAGCCAUUAAAGCAGAGAGCCACAGAUGUCAGAUGCUGGAUCAAGCGUUUCCCCCGCGCCUCGCUCCAGCCAGCCUGCGGCAAUGUGAGCGUUGCCAUGGCAACGUGGAUCUGCCAAGGACCAUGGCGAUGGAGAGAGAGAGAGAGAGAGAAACAGAGAGAGGAGGGGUGCAGCUCAUCAAUGUCUUAGAGUCCCCCUCCCCCCCUCACCCAAACACACACACACAUACUCUUCAGGCAUGCUGUUGAAAGAACAAACAUCACAAAGGGCUCGAGCCUAAAAUUUGCCGCAGAGAAACUGAAACUCUGCUGUAGCUCCUCAGUUUCCUGCUCUGCUCAUUUUUACAUUUUACUUUACUUUUCUUUAAUAAUAAACACCUCAACAGCUUCUGUUUUUGCCAGCGCUAAUGGGAAAACUGAAUAAACAAACAAAUAAAUAAAUUCCCUCCAAUCCCCCGUACUCUCCUUCUACUAAACCAGAGGCCACAUUAAAGAGGUUUUUCUCAGAUUUGCUUUUAUUUUGAAAACCUAACAAAUUCAAAACCCAAAUCCAUCUUAUCUAUCUAUCUAUCUAUCUAUCUAUCUAUCUAUCUAUCUAUCUAUCUAUCUAUCUAUCUAUCUAUCUAUCUAUCUAUCUAUCUAUCUAUCUAUCUAUCUAUCUAUCUAUCUAUCUAUCUAUCUAUCUAUCUAUCUAUCUAUCUACUCAUUCCAAAUCUUCUUCAUUCCUUAACAUGCCCCUCUCUUUCUAAUUAAAUAAUUCUAUUGUAAGAGAAAACAAAGACCAUACUGAUACUAUGAGAGUAUCCACUGCUCUUUACUGUAUGUAUGUGUGUGUAUGUGUGCGUGUGCACAGCGCUGGCUCAUUUCCAGCUCCAGCCCUCUAAUAAGCCCCUCUGCUGAAACUGAAAGUGUGACAUGGAUCAGUAACUGGAUAUAUGAAGCUCUUCUGCACAAACGGACAUGAAAAUGUGCAGAUUUGAAAGGCUGCGGCAGCCGUCGACAGACAACGACAAUCCUUACCGCACCAGCAACUUGAUUGCAUACUAAUGUUUUGUAUAACAAUGAAGGAAGGAGGGAGAGGGAGAAACAGACAAGAGAAGAAGACAGGGACAAGAAGGAAAGAAAAGACUGAAGCAGAAGAAAGGUAGGAAAGAAGCAAGGAAGGGAAAAAGCAGCUUUUUCUGACACGCUCAUGCAAGCGCUGUUUGCUGCUUCACCAACCUCCUCCUUAUGUGCUUUGCUUUUUGUCAAAGCAUAACUUUUAACUAGGAUUUUUCUGUUCUUCGUUCUCUCAGCAGAAUGCUUGUUGGUGCUCAGAUUCUUUGAGAGCUCCCUCAAAGAGCAGAGGUUUUGCUGCCAAAUCUUUUCAUAUAACCAUUUGCUAAAAAUGUUAAAUUCCUUGACCUGUGUCUGACUAACGUCAUCACUCUCCAAUCUCUUGCUUUGCAAAGGAAAUAUCUCUUCCUUUUUAGGGGGAAAGCUGCAAGAUGAGUUUUGACAGAAUAUUAACUUUGGCUGCUGGAGUCACCUGACACAGAGAAUGAACAUUUUCACAAGAUUCCUGGGUGGAAACUUCAUUUUUACAUCAUCCAUGGAUGUCAUAUUGGGUUCCUCAACCACCGAACAGCAUCUAUUCCCCCGCCUUUCUGAAGAUUAAACAUGUCGCCCUCCAGGGUCGAUGCAGUCUCCAACGAAGCCAAUACACAUUUUUCACCUUGUUUUGACCCUUUGUUUUUAAAUCUCAAAGGCCUCAGAUUUGCGUGUGACAAACUAACAACCACUAGCAGAAAAAUCCAAAAUGCAAUAGUGAGAUGGAUGCGUCCAUAGUGUGGACAAAAUUUGAUCAGCAAUGUCUGAGCAACAUGUAGAUUGAAAAACAUGCACCCAUCAGUGUUAGAUGUUGUUUGUCCAUCAGUGGCAGAUGGACAAACAAAUGAUCACAUCUCUUUUACCCGCUGAUCAUAAAAUAAAACAAAAAGUAACCGUGCGAGAAAGAACUUGUGUGUGUUUUGUUGUUCCACUGUGACUGUGAUGUGUAGCAGCCUGAGGCAAUCAGGAUGAUCUGCUGUGGUUUGUCUGUUCUUUGGCUGACUUCCAUACAUCACGGAAAGUCUAAUGUCUCCCGACAGGGUUCGCGUGAUGUUUUGGGGGUCUCAAAGACAGGUGGAUAGUCCUCCCCGCUGGGCAGAGCCGAACGCGUCGAGAGGCUGCUACACUGUGAUUAAAAAUGACUCUGUAAGCUACCUGCAAGCGGUUCUGCUGGUUACCACAGAGAAAACCUGUGGUCAUAACAACAGUGGUAGUUUCUUGGUUUUCUCAAAUAUCUCAAUAAGGAAAAUUAAUUCUCUAGUCUUUUUAUCAGCCUUAAUACAUAAUGCAUCCAUCAAAUGCAAUAUAUCUCAUCAAAUCUCCUGGAAAACGAGUCUUUACUUAACAUGGUUGAACUAUAAAACUCUCAGCCAGCCUAUACCUCCACCAAGGCUGCACAAUACUCUUAAUCUGUUUAAGCCACUACUGUAUGUAUAGUAUUUUUAUGUGAUAACAUCUUUCAAAUUACUCUCAUGACUAACGUUUUUCAUUGAAAAAUGAGACAAUUCUGGUAAAAACCAGUGUUGCUUUUAGCUCUUGAUCGGUUGAUCGGAUUUCGACCCGUGUCAAAAUACAAAUAGUGACAGACAGUCAUGGCAUACAUGUGCCAGAAAUGUAUCAUCAAGUUAGUGCAAUAAUUCCUAAACUCCCUGUCUUGCAAUUUUAAGAAAUGCUUUAAUCACUUGUAAUUUUUAAGCUGCGGCCCAAUUUUUCACCAUUAUUAAUUUGUAUCCUGUCAUGUUUUUGAUCUUUCUGCUAACUAACAAGCAACAGGAUAGAAAACAUAACCUCCUUGAUGUAUAUAAUCAUCUCACUAUCAUGAGACAGUUGCUGUUCUGUUCUUUACUAUUCUCCUACAGGUGGAGUUUUACUGUUUAGCUUUAAUGUUUUUCCCAGCACAUACAUAGAGAGAAUGUAUUUUAUUUAGCAUAUAUUUUAAUAUGGAGACAUGCAUAUUUGUGACUUACAGUAACAGUGGGAGUUAAGAGCCAUUAGAUCGUCAUAGUACUAUCUAUGGUUUUUAAAACAUAAGUAACGACCAAAGCACCAUUUCGGACCUCUGAAGAGCCGUGUUGUUUUCAGAGUGCAGGAUGUGAGUGAGGAGGGCCGCUGCUUCCUCAUAAACUGUGGAAAGACUAAUGUGCCCUGGUGGGUUUGUGUGAUCUGCAGGGCCAGGAGGUGGUGAAAGGUUGUUACUGUAAAAAUAGAACAACAACUACAAUUAUAAACUGUGUUUCUAUGCACAUAUUUGAACUAGAAAAAGACUGUGCUUCAUGUCAGAUAUGAAGUAAAAUUUUGUCUAUAAGGAGCUAUAAUGUCAAAUGCAUUGGAUUUAUACAGCAGUAUGUAAAGUAUAUAUAUGCUGCACAUACUGGAGCAAUCUGGAAGGAAGCACAGCACCAUCUUGACUGCUGUCCUCCUUUUAGAUGCGUGAUACAAGCAUACAUUUCAGCAGCUGCUGUGCAAUUACAAAAAAAGUGCUUUACUGUGGAAAAUGUCUGAUGGAGAAUGUUCAACUCGCUACAUGUUCAUUUAUUUCCAUUCUUUGGACGUAUUGAAGGAGUGUAAUUAUAUGCACAUCACAUAGUUGCAAGGCUAUUUAAAAAAAAGCAUCAAUGAAAAAGUAACCAAAGUAUACCUUUGAAUGCUUUUGCACUUAAGCUUUAUAAGCAACAUGCUAAACCCCCUCAUCCAUCAUUUUCCUUCUUUUAAAAAUAAUGCGCCAAAUUGAUGGAGUUUUAUAGGCAAGCAAUGAUUAGUGCUGAAAUACACAGAUAUAUUAUGCAUAUCAUUUUUGACCUAUUUGAAGCCCUGGAUUUUAUUUAUUUUUUGGUAAAAUUUAAAUUUUGUUUUGAUGAUAUUCUAUAUUUUCCCACGACAAGACCAAAACCAACAAUGAACUGAUCCUACAAAAAGCAUAGUCUGUCCAAAGCCUGUUGUAUCUUAUUCCUAUGUGCCAUAGAGCUCCAUUGUUGUCUAAAAACUAUAAAAAACAAUAAGCCACACUGUAGCACUGGGUGACAUGUUCCUUCAUUACUAUGAACACACACUGUAGUUUAUUUUGACUCAAUCCCACCAUCCAUUCACUAGAAUACUCAUUGCCCCAACAAAUACACUAUUACAGCUAUUUGCCUGCCAGGAAAAUGCUUCAAAAAUGGGGCAUUCAACAGUGUGGCUUUAAUUUGGUAUUGUAAGGAAGUGGCAUUAUUUUGGAUUAAAGGGACAGUUCACCCCAAAAUCAAAACUACAUAUUUUCCCUCUUACCUGUAGUGCUAUUUAUCUCUCUAGAUUGUUUUGGUGUGAGUUGCUGUUUUGGAGGCAUCGGCUGUAGAGAUGUAAGGAGGAUGUAAAAUUGAAAAGUGGAUCUCUGUUUAGAGCUAAAAUUUUUAUAGUUGCCCUUGAUGUUUGGUGAUUUAAGGGGUGAUAAAGAAGGAAAAGACCUGAAUAUCAUCAUUAUGAUGGGGAAAGCAUAUAUAUUUACAACAAUUAAACACUGAACGUUUCAAAGUUUAUUUUGAAGUAUCAGUGGGUUCUUGAAAAGGAUAUUAAUAAGAACAAAAAACAGAAUUUAUUAAUUGCCUGUAUAAUCAAACAAGUAAUUAUGAGUGAGUGUGUGUAUAUCUAUGCAUGUAUAUAUGUUUGUGUAGGUAUACGUUUAGGUAUGCAUAUAGGUAUGUAUAUGCCUGUGUAUGUGUAUAUAUACAAUGUGUAUAUGUAGAUGUAUAUGUAUAUUAACUUACCUUUUGUCCUAUAUUGUACCCUUUGAUGUAACACAACGUUUAAGUUGGGUUAAAUUGGGAAGAUAUUUUCUCUAUGGGCUUUUGGUUGUUGGAGAAUUUCUACCCUUAAGGAGGGUUAAGUUUCAGGCUGUAUAUAAAUUUAAUAUUUUAAUUAAUUAAUGUCAUUGAUCAUUUUUGUUGUUGUUUUCAGCUGGUGGUAUUGCUAUUCUGUUCCUUUAUGUGCAUGCGUAUGUUUGUCCUUUUGUCUUAAUAACAAAAGGAAAAACAACAAAACCCUCUUUCCUCCUGUUUUUUAUACAGUGCGCAGAUGUUUAAGGAAAUUACUAAACCAUUUAAAAAUGAAACUGUAUAUUUGAAACCUGUUUUUAAAGAUUUACAUAUUCAGCAGGAACAAAUUAGGGCUUAGAGAAUGACAUGGAGACCUGGUAGGGAGGUUUGAAAGUAUUGCGCAAUGGAGUAAUGCAUUGUUCCUUUUGGCCUUUUCAUAGUUAACAAAAACAAAAAUAUAGAAUAUUGCCAGCCUUAUCCUUUUAAUCCUGUAUUGACACAAUUUGAGUGAAGCUUUGGCUGUAUACAUUUCAGACAUCUAAUGUUAUGAUAAUAUUUUAGCGCUGGUCUAGUGUUUUAUAGUUUGUUGGCAAACAGCAGGAAUUUCAUACAUGCUAAUAUCCAGCGUGAGGGGGCUUUCCUGGCUUCAACCCUUUGGGACACACACAGGUCUUUCACUACCUGAGAUAGUUUUGUAUAACAGCAUUAGCAUUUACUGCGCUUGUUUCUCACUGCUCACUCUCGCUAUAGCUAUCAACAUGUGGUGUGUCCUAAAAAUGUUUUGGAAAUGCGAUGAUGAGUGUCACACACAACCAAAUGGAGGAGAUCUUCCACCUUCCAUCUGCCCUGCCAGAAACUUUGACACUUUAGCUUUGGAGCAUUGCUGCUGAAACAAUUUUUGAUUAGUUAUGACAAGUGACAAAAAGCUAACUGAUUUGAAUUUCAUUGUCUCAAAAUUAAGAAUGUAUUAAAUGUAUUGCACCUCUCAUGAAAUUUAACAACAAAUUCAACAUUAUAAAGUCACCUCUUGACAAUGACAUAAUAAUGUAAUAAUAUGGGAUACUGCUGUGAAUAUAAACUAUAAACUCUUAGCAUUCUGAGGCUGUUUGAUUCCAUUUCCUGUACCCACCUGCAUUCUCUGUUACUAUUAAUCAUUCACAAAUACAGUCUCUGUUUUAUUGUGGUGCAUAUCUCGACGCUCACACGCUUUACUCUGUGCUUUAAAUGAAUGAAUGCAUCUGUGACAGGUCACUGUGCAGAAGUCUGUCUUCUAAAUGACAAAUAUGUAAAUUCAAAUUUAGGAGGCAUUACUAAUUUCUCUUUGCCAUCUUCCUCACAUAAUCUCAUUCACACACACACAAACACACACGGCCUCAUACACUGCUCACAGUUCAUAUUUGUAUGUUUAUAAGAUUACCUAUAGAAGCUGCCUAUAUCCUCCUUAUGCUGAUCUGUCCUCGUCAGCCCACGCAGCAGCUCUGGAUGCUGCUCUCUGCUCUCUGCUUCAGCUGCAGUACAACAUGGGUUCUUAUUUCUAUUUAAAUCAUCAAAGUUCAUCCUGCAGCUCUGGAGGAUUUGGUGAAUUCACAACCGAGCAAAACAAAAAACUGCCUGUUUGAAAGGGCAGGUUGGAAACAUUGUCUGACCCUCUGUUAGACAAAGCCAGUCGAGUAUUUAUGUCACUGUGCUGGAACAUUAAAAUAGUAUAUGAUCACAUGUUAAGGUACUUUAUUAUAGAGUUGUGAAGUGGGAGGAUCCUCAGUGUUCCUCACAGGAGUCUUCAUAACUGAAUGAUACUACAUGUUUAUGUAACGGCCAUCAAUUUAUAUUAUUUUAGCUUUAUUUUUGGGUUGUGUUUGUGUCCACCUGAUGAAUGUUCCACGUUCUUAACUAGCUUGUCGCUAACUUUGUCUGUUUGCUGCAGGGAAGGAGGCGUUCAGUGGGUUUUUUCACUGAAAACAGCUGCCUGCUGCAACGCUGAUGAGAGCGGUGAGAGUGAAGCAAAGCAGUGAAGUUGCAGACUGUAAAACCAAACUCACUGCAAGCGACAGUUUUCACAUUAUGCAGUCAUUUGAUCCACAGAGCAGUUUUAAGCAUUAGCUGUCAUCCAGGUGUGUCUUACCUUCAGUGCAACAAGCUCCAUUUUCUUUCCUGAAAACAUUACAAGAAGACACAAGGUAGAAAUCUGAGAACAAGAGUAGAAAUAGAGGGGGAAAGUGCUUUCUGUAGUGAAAUAAGAGGCAGAGAGAAUAAGGAUAAUCAACUAUAUUUUUAUGUCUGCAAAUAAAAAAAGACACCAGAGAAGAAGGGGGCAGAACUUAUUUGCGUUCUGGUUUUGCCGCCACCCACGGCGGCGACGCCAGUUAGACACAUCAAGCACUAGGCGUAGGCUUCCCUUUUGUACCGUAGAAAAUGUAUUUAUUAAAGCAUAGGCUCCAGAACAGAAACAAAAGAAAAGGAACAAAAGCUGCAAGAUUGCAGAACAUAUUAUGUACCAUAAAAUUGAUAAAGAAAUCACUGUACACGCUACAGUGCUUUUUAAAAUCAUAGCUUUUGCAAUGCAGUUAAUAGAACCUAUGGUCUAUAUAUAUUAUUUUUUACACAUAAUAAACAUUCAAUAAAACUCAAAUAUGUCUUCUUUUGGGAACAUCUAGGAAUUAAAAUUAAUGUCAAAUAAAUGAAUAUCUGUAAAUUUGAGUUAGAAAUGUUAUCACAGUAGAACAAACAGCAUACAAAAAGUACAAUCAUUGUUCAUUAUUUAGCUCAGCUGACUGGCGUUCGGUAAAUCAGAGAAGUAUUAUGGAUGAAAGACGAUGAUGAGCAAUUUAAAAUAAAUUAAUAUUAGGAUCCAAAGAUUCUGUGGGACUAAAUAUUUCAAAUGUCUCUAACAUAAUGCUAUAGACACAUAGUUACUCUAAUCUGACUGGUGCAACUAGAUCAGUAAUUUCUGUGUAUUUCACUUUUGAGGUCACUUAAAAUGUUCUGAGGUUUCAUUGUGGGAAAAUGUGUCACUGUCAUUAUAGAUAUAGUUACUAUAGAUAUUAAGUGAAAUGCAGCCUACAACUGCUGUAAGAUUAGACAUUUUAGAUUAAAGACAGGAUGGAAUUUGAAUUCAGUUUUUAACAAACCAUCUUAAGAUCACUUUUGGCUCAAUGAAUUUGAGUGACAAACUUAAAUUUCGGUGAAUUUCACUUUUUGUUAAAAUCUGUAGACUGUAUGUAAACACACAUACAAUCACGAUGACAUGUCCCCCGUGAUCAGAUAUAGUUAUUUUAAAAUACUAGAAUUCAAGCUCUCUUCUCAACUACAAAUUGUUUUUUGUUGCCAAAAAUAUUCAUUUUUAUUUCAAAUUUCAUUAAGUUACAAAUGAUAUAUAUAUUUAAAAGCCAAUAUCUUGUUAAACUCUGAGAGAUCAAAGUCUAAAUUUCAUAUAAAAUAUAUUGCAUUAUAAAAUUGCUUUCUUUUAAGCAAAGGGAGUUUGACAUACAAACUUUGUUUCUAAUAGAUCACAAAUCUUCGUUAAAGCACUUGAAGAGUUUUAUUCCAAACUGCUAAAUAAUAUAGCAAUAUUAUUAUGCAAUAUGCAAAUAUACUUGCAUUGUAACUGCUUCGGAUAUUCAUCAUCUUUGCUGGUACUAAAUAUGUUAUAUGUCUUCCAAAAAGGGAAACAAAAGGGAGAAAAAAGUUGUGCAUUCAUGAUAAGAUUUUUUUCUUGUGACUGAUUUAAAGUGACGCUCUACUGAUACUGAACAGCCUAACAAAAGAAAAAUGAUGCAUUUUGAGACCAAUAUCAAACUGUGAAUCGUUAUUCGAAAAUCUCUCUUUUCUCUGUCCUUAAAAAGACCUGCAGGGCAGAAAUAAAGCAUUUCUUUUACAAAUUGGUGCAAACACACUGCCUGAAAGCAACCCAUUAGAUCUAAGGUGAUGUUAUAAAAGAGCAGAUAAUGUCAUUUGCAUUUUGUACCGAGUGAAUUACACAUCUCAGAUUUGUUGUUUAGUUUGUUUUUCCCCCUAAAUUGAUUGAAAUAAAGCCCUUUUGAAAGAAGCUCUUCAAGAGAACCUCCCUUCUUACUGUGAAUUCAAUUAGACUGCGUGGCUCAGCAUGAGAAUCGUCAAGGAUUAAGUGAUUGUGUAUCGUUUCGAUUCAAAACAUCUGCUGUUUAUGCUAGCAAAAGCUCCACCACUCUCAUACUGGGAUGUAAGGCAGGCUGUCGGAGAGGAAGAGAGAAGGGUUGAUAGAUAAAAACAGAAAGAAAUGCAGAGUCUGAAGCACAGAAUGGUGAGUGGUGGGCAUUGUUUGGUUGAUUGCUGAACAUUAAUGAUGGGAAUUUGUCUGGGUAAGGUAGAAUAUUAUUGCUUCAGUGUAAAUAUUUCACAGUUGUUGGACAGAGAAGCACAGAUCUGCAGAAGAAUUCUGUUUUGAGAUACGGCGUGUGUUUUCUUUAAUCACACAGUACAGACACGUUCCAUAUUUUUGGCCCCGGGAGGGGGGGGGGGGCACACUCAUAACCUUAGCAGUGUUCUUGCUUAUUUCACCUGUAACUGACCACAGAGUUGUAACAGGCGGGAGUUAAGUGUUUAUAUGUGCUUGUACACUAACAAGACAUGUAUUUACAAAACAUUUUUAUGUUUUUGCAGCGUAAAACCUCAGAGUGCUGCUAUAGGAAGAAGAAAGAGGCAAGUGAUGUAUACAUUUGAAGAAUUUUAUCCCCCAAAUGAGAGAAAUGACACAUCAGCUGUUGAAAUGUGACACAGAUUUGUCCCCGGCUUAAAAGUAUCAAUCUUGGAUUUCUGGAAUAAAAAAAUACUUCUGGACUUACAUUUACACUUACAUAUCUAUCACUGUGAUAUGACAUAUAUGAUUAACUUCCUCAUAAUGAAUUAGCUUUAGAAUGUCAUGAUGUUGCUAUUGCUGAUAUUGACCUUCCAAUGCUUGGACUGAUGGCUGUUUAGUCUAUUGAUUGGUUAUCACAUGGCCUCAGCUCAUUUGCUGGAGUGCCGUAGUGGUGGUAAGAGUUCUCCCUUCAUCAUAAAACAACAUUCAUCCAACAGCAUGAACUGAAUAUUGAAAGACUAACUUGAUCCACUGAAGAAGUGGUUGCUUCCCUCCCUCUAGUGUGAGUUAAAUAAGCCACACACCAUGAUGUUCUUCCAUAAACCUUUACCCUCAACUGUGCUAUUAAAAACACAAAUGUUGUAUUUUUGCUCCUAUCAGGAACCAUGAAUACUCUGUGGGAUUUAUUACAUUACUAAUUUAUAACAAUUACUAAUAAACAUUAACAGUUUAGAGGGGAUGCUGACAUUUCACUUGUUAAUGUUGUAGUGCCCUCUGAAACCUUGCAUGCCGGUUGUAAACAGGGUCUUCCCCAGGGGCAGUGCGGACGUUCAUGGAAGCAGGGCAGAGAGACAUCCAGUAUGCAUGGUCCCACAGCAUAAAUAAUUCGCUCUUAUGUUCUAAGGUUCAGCGUGCCCCUUUAUGCCUGCCUGUAUCAUGGAUUAUGAGGCACCAGUAUAUUUUUAACACUGUGCAAUACAGGUUGUUAUACCUGCACUGUUACAGUAUGGUAUGAUUUCUGGUAAUAGCCUACUUACAAAAGGUGCCACCAUGAACGUCCACAUUAAUCCUCAGAAACAAGGCCACAGCUUUAUAUUACCAUGGGAAAACUGUAAAAUACAGUACAAUGCCCAUUGCAUGGUUACAGAAAUAUAGGCUACAUGUGCAUUGGAUGCACUGUUACUCUGCAGGAAGCAGGACUAUCCUAUUUAUCUUCAUACUUCCACCAGACCAGAACAACCUGGGAAUUCCUGUGAACAUCUCCUUUGGGGUUUACUGAGAACUAUUCUUAGAGUUCAGAUGAACGAGGGAACAUGUAAAAAAGUGACAAGAACAGAUGAGGAGGGAGGGAAAUCAAUAUGCAGCCUCUGAGAGGAGAGCUGACAAAGACGAAGCACUAGCUAGCGUGAAUUCAAGAGUGACUUAAGAAGUAGAGACAUUUCCUGGGCAAAAUGUUUGAUUCAUGAUUAAUUAAAUGACUGACUGUGGUGGCAGGUAAGCUCAGGAUUGUGUGUUUCUGGAAGCUUUUAAUCAUUGCAGCAGCUGAGCGACAGCUGCAACAGUCGUAGCUUGAGCGACACCUGAGUGCCCUAGAUUCAGAGAAGUCUGUGAUCUGUAUGUUGGUAUGAGGUCUACAGGAGCACAGCUACUUUAUCAUGGUAGCUGUCACAUAGGCUCCUCUGUGGCUCACACAGCCGCUGAAUCUGUACAGGCUUUAGCCAUCUGCACAAAUGUAGGGCAACAGUGACUGAAAUACACUGAAACACCUUGAAAAAACAGUUCUGGGGAUUAUUGUAUGAAAUACACAGAUUAUAGAUACCACCAAUUACACUUUGGAUUAGUAUGUUUGAAAAAAAACAUUCUAUAUUUCAAGAUGAUGGUUUGGUCUUGUGGUUAAUGGAAGAAAAACUAGUCAAAUAACUGAAUGUCUAUACAUGUGAAUGGUUUAAUUUGUGUUAAUCUGCCUAAAACAUCUUUCUCAUGUAGCUAAUAUUAAAAUGCAGGAACAUUAAGGACAAGGUUGUGUUGUAGCACUAGAAUGAGGGGCUUUCUUGCUUUCCUUGACUUUAUUCUGCUACAGCGUUUAUUGUUUGGAUGAUCUGACCUGCUUUCAGAGAGCACCUUUUAAAUCUAAAUUUACUGUCCUUGCAGAGCAAUCACUCCCUGCAUACUGCACAGGGCAAUGGAAGAGACAAAAUGCAAACAGCAGCAUCUUCUGUCAGUUCUUAGAUACAUCAUGUGUUUCUAGCUCUACAUGGAUUGAGGUUUUGCAGUCAUGUUUUUACACAAAAAUACCAUUUAACCUCUCUUACUGUAGGUUAUGAAACCACUAUGAGAAACUUACCUCCUGUAUCCUCAGAAGCCUUUGUGGUUCUGACACAACCUACACAUACCUUUUGGAGCUGAUAAGGCACAUUAACAUUCAUCACAACACUGGAGUUGUCCAUCAGUGGCCAAUUUUGGAACCAUUGUUCAGAUGAGGAGAAAAGGUGGAAAUACAGUCUUUCCCCUGCGUAUUCACCUCAAAGAAGAUGUUGUUUCGAGACAAUAAUACAUUGAGACAAUGUUUUGACAGAGAAACGUUUCAUGGAGGCAGAGCUGCUCUGGAGGCAGAAAUAAUCUUAUUGUUAUUUCUAAAUAGGUAGAGCCAAACAAGAACUGUCAUUUUGUGAGCAUGCUAGCUGGCAAACUCGAACUCUAGCUGAAAUGUAAACUUUUACUGAAAAGUAAAAACUUAAAAGGGAAUGUUUAAUUUUUUGUCAUCAUUCAUGACCAUAGCAGGCAUCACCUGUGAAGGUUAUCAGGCUUGCUAUCUGAGUCAGCAUUUAGCUACAGUCUAGUGUAGAGUAGUUUAGCUGUGAUUGGGACUGGGAAUCAGGCUAAAUUACAAACGCACUAAUUUAUACCUAAACAGGCGAGACUUAGCCACUGGACUUUUAUUUACCCUCUAAUCCUUGUUUACCACUGCCUAUAUUGACAGGAGUGUCUGAAGACACGACCAGUUGUGGAGCUAAAGAGGCAGAGUUUAAGUUGAUGUACUUAUAAUAAGUUAACUUCCAAAUAGAGCUGGCUAAUGGACCAUGUAGCUUUUUUUUUCUAAGCAAAACUAUCAAAUCACUGUUCAAAUGCACUUCAGUAUGUACAACAGUAAGUGAACGCAUCGCUGUUCACAUGGCCACAACAUCCUGUUCAGCCUGUUCUGAGCUGUUAGGUUCAGUUUAGUACAAAACCAGGUCUAUAUAAGCACUGUUUAUGAGGGUAAUGGCUCAGAAGUCUAUUAUUUACAACAAAGUUACAGCAUUCUGAUUAUUUCUGUGGCUUUCCUGUCUUUUGAUAAGCUUUUAACAAGGAAGUACUGUCUGUCAUGGCGGAGCUAAAAAAGGCACUCUGAGUCACCAAUAAGUGGAGCUUAACUGCUAAAAGCUAAUGAUUCGUUCAGUGCCAAUGGUGAUUCAGUAUAGUCAGCUCAAUUUGAAGAUUCAGUGUUAAAGAUUCGUUCAUACAUGUGCAGUACAUGUACUGAACACCUCUAAAUCUCACAUAUCCACCUCAGUCUGACCUGUUUUGUCACAUAUAUACAGAGGGUCUGUGAUGAAGCAGUUCUCACACUUUGUCUGAGUCACCCUCAUUUAACUAAAUAGUUUGAAUCCAUCGAGAGCUCUUUGCAGUGAGACUUGGUUUUGGCAUUUGGUUUUGAGAUCUGGAUUUGUUUUCUGUUGUUGAAGGUACAUCCUGGGCCACAGGAAUUCCCAGGUUGUUUGUUGAAGUCUGGCAGAAGUAGGAAUGAAGAUAAAUUGGAUAGGCUAGAUUCUUGCAGAGAAACAGUGCCUCCAAUGCACAUGUAACCUAUAUUUAUGUAACCAUACUGGGCCGUUGUGGGUGUUGUACCAUAUUUUCCAGUUUUUCUGUUGGAACAUGAAGCUGUGGCCUUGUUUCUGAGGAUUAAUGUGGGCAUUCAUGGUGGCACAAAUGUUAGGAAUUUUGUAGACCUUACUACAAAAUAAUCUCAUCAUUUGUGUAUCGGGUUUGCAUCUGUGCCAAACGCAAACUUCUUUUUGAUGAAUAAUACUGAAUAUUGAUGACCCUGGUUCCAUAAUAUGAGGUUUAAAUCAACCAAUGAGAUUAUUUUUGCUCCCACAGCACUUCAGCCUCCAAGAAAAGAAAAAGGUCCAAUCUGCUCUUUACGGUGUAUAAAAUCUCCCUUUUACAUAAUGUGGUUACAAUUUGAGUACAAAGUGUAUAGAUAAACAUCUUGGUGUUUAGAUUUUGUUGCGACGUUGUAAAUAUGUAGUUUGCAUGAGCUGACUAAUAUAUUGUAAAAAUUUAGUUUUUUAAAAUUUAGGUUACGUUUAGCUGCUUAGAAGACCAUGUAUUUGCUUGUUUGCAGUGACCUAACUUAUCAGGAGCGUGUAACAUUCUAUCAUACACACUAUAAAAACACCACGAAAUGCCGUGACCUUCUUGCUGGAAGCCGGAGGAACUUCUUUAGUGGCAUAUGGAGAAAGGUGUGUGGGAGGAGAGUGAUAAGAGGUUGGUCGGACCAUGCUGUGAAUUGUGACUCCAUUUCCCAGGGGUUUUUGCAACAACAGCUCAAAAAGCCACUAGCUGCUUAGCCGAUGGCAUGGAGAGGGCUGAGACGAUUUGGCCAGAGGUCACAGGAGCUGAUUGGCUGGUUUGUGGAAUCAUGGUGGAUGCGGGGGUGCAGGUGUUUGUUGAUCGGAUGACUCUGGUGCACAGGAGGAUUGUGGGUAGAUGGAUAUGUCAGAGAAUUGAACCCCACCCAUUCUUAAUUGUGAUGCCUGUCGUAGGGAGGGCGGUGAUGUGUUAAAGUCGAUCAAACCCUGAUCGUCUUUGUAUUCGACCUUCCCUAAAAUGUUGACCCGACUAAAUCAAGGCCUCCUAGAAAACCUCAGAAUAUCAGAAUGGAAGCACAUUACCAGGUGCCAUGAUGGAUCAACUUUUACUGUUGAAACUUACCUCAUAACAGUGUAUCUACCGCAUUAUCCAAAGAUUUCAAAGUACCAAUUUUGGUACUGACUUUACAAACAAAUGUGUGAGGGCUUACUCCUUAAGACUAAAGAUGUUAAUUUGCUUCAAUGGUUUAUUUUACCCAUAACCAUGUACAAAUAAACAAAACCUUUACAGCUUUGUAUGGUCACACAUUUAGCAUUCAUUGGUCCAUGAGCACUCCUCACGGCGACAUAAAAACACUGUUAUAAGACACCGACAUUGAUUUCUAGCAUCGGCGUCUCAAGGUUGCACUGACGUCACAAAUGUACCAUCCAUUCUAACAGGUUCAUUGCAAAUCAAAAUAGUCACAUGCAAUGAUUGAAAAAAAUUACAUUACCUCAUGUCACAUAGAAAGUAAGCGAAAAGUUCCAUCAUUUAGAAAUAAGUACUUUUCAGAGAUUUGUCUCUCUCUCUCUUUUUUUUUUAAAGUCCUAGACAUUCUUUCAACAGCGUUGUUGGUCUCAUUUGGGUUGUAAACAUUAGUUACAGUGCCUAGCUUCAUUCACCUGACUGGCUGCGUAGUGUCUGUCAAGAGAAUUGGUCAAUCAAUGCUAUCAAUCAACUGAUCGAGAGGAAUUGGUCAGUAGUCAAUCAAUUGUACAGGAAUUUAUCAUGGAAGGACAUGAUCGUCUUUGGGCUCAGUUAGGGGCAACAGGACACCAGUGAGAGACUGGAGAACAGACUGAACAGUAGAUUAAUAUAAGACACCCUGAGAAUCACAACUACGUCUCUUUCAUCUUUCAUCCCUUCUUCCUAUGCUCUCUCUUCCUCUAUCUCUUCUUCUAUGGAACGAUCAUAGUCAGGUGGGCGUGGCCUCUGCGGUUGAGGAAGAUGGUUGGUUGGUAGGUUGGUUUGUUGUGGUGGAAGCUGGUUGCCGUGCAACUGGCUCCUUGGUGGUUGGCAUGGAGACAGGUUAAGGUGGAUUCUGACCUGGUAAGGUAGUAUGCAGCACGUACAGUAGUAUGAACAGUAGAAUGUAAUAUGCAGCUCUGGGGAAAAAUACAUGAAUUUAAAAUGGUUUCAAAUGAUGCUGAUGAAAAUAAACAGAACAAGUGCACCGUAUGCAGAUUAAAGGGUCAGUUCAUCCAAAUUGCAAAUUAUUUUCUCACUUAACUCUCUAGUGGUAUCCAGCUAUGUAGAUAGUAUUUGUUUUGAGAUAUUUGUCUCUGAGAUUUCUGUUACCAUCCCCAAAUUUUUUUACUUUAUUUUAGUAUUUAAAAAGUUUCCAUUGGACCUACUUUCUGCAGACAAAAUAGUCCCAAUAAAAACGUUUCUCAGUGAGAGCUGUGGUUUACCCAGAGCAACAGGGACACUGUUUCUGGAAAGAAAGGUUGCCAUUGAUUCUUUAAAAGUAAAUUUUCAAUGCUGUGAGCAUCAAAAACUAAAUUCCAUUCACCUCCAUUGUUUUGAAGUUGAGGCAGAAAUUUUAGAGACAGAUAUCUCAAAACCUGGACAAACAAAACUUUUAUUUUUGGGUGAACUGACCCUUUAUAAAUCAAACAACUUGAGGUAUACUUGUUUUGUUAGAGCAACUUGAAGAGCUUUUGAUUCAUUUGCAAAAACUUCACAAUCUGAAGGUGAAAACAGCCCAAAUUAGUAAAACAAAACCAAGUGCACCUCAAGUUUGAACACUUGAACGUCCAUUCUAUGAGUAUUUAUCCCCAGAUCUGUCAGCAUGUAACAGUAGAUUGUGACAGUAGUAUGUUAUCGAUGGAGAACAUCACAUGGGGCUGACGUGGUGUGCAGCAAAGGAUGACGCAGGGGAAGGCGGUAGUGGUGGACAGUGAUUGGUUGAUUUGGUUGGUCAGGUGACUGAGGGGGUUAUGGACAGUCGAGUUGAGUCAGAUCACAUGAUGAGGGUUUGCAGCUAUAACGUCAGGAGGUUCCAUCAGGAGAUAUGGAAGCCUGACAGGUUUUAGCUUUUGGUGGACACUGGACAGAACACCCACCCUGAACCCCGCUCACAGAGCCAGCGAGCACACACACACACACACACACACACACGGAAACAGACACACGGAAACAGACAUGCACUCCUACACAAGUGAGCAGACAGACACAGGGACACACACACAUUUACCCACAUUUACCACAUUUUGCAUAGACACACACAAAUAAACACACAGGUUUGUGGACUUACACUCACGCGUACAUUCAUGACAAACACACAUCUGCUCCCACAUUUCGCACUAACCCACAUACACACUUCAUGACUCACACAAACACACACUCUUGCCCACCCCCAGACUUGCGAUGUGUUACUGUGAUGAUGCAGAGUGUAGUGGAAGGUGAAGAAUAAGACAACGGAAGACAGGUGAUGCUAAAAUGAACAUUUAUAAUGACUGCUGUUGCUGUCGCAAAAUAAGAAUCCUUAAAAAAAGACCUCAUAUAUAAUAGCACUAGAUUGCCCACUUCACUGGUAAUCCACAAGUCAAGAAACACAACUCACUAGGUUUUUUUUCUCUUUACAAACACAAUGCUACAAUUACAUUAAAUAUUCAAUACUCUUUAAGUCAGUUAAUGAAUGUUGUUAAAAGCAACCACUAAAAUACUAAAAAUAAAAACAAAACAAUACUAAUAUUAAUUCACCCUUUUCCAGUCGUUCCCUUUUUCUUGUUGCGUUGUUAUUUAUUAAUAGUAUAAUAAUAAUAAUAGUCUGAGAAAUAAAUAGCUCAUGUGGUGUUCUCAGGGCAAUGGGGCAGGCAGCAUAAAUCAAGAGUGGAGCUCAGAGCAAUGCAAUGAAAUGGUGGAGUCUAAUCUCACGCAGUCACUUUAAUACUUUCAAAAUGUCUCUGAUGUACAGGUGAAAUAUGGAGAUAUGCCACAAGGUUGGUUCUGCAGGCAACGGGAUGGUUGAGCGGCACCUGCAGAGGUUAAUCAUCUCUAAACUAUCAUUCUAUGUUAUGUAAACUAGGACUGUAUUGCACAAAAGUCAGCAGCUCAGCUUCCUCGUUUUGCCCGGGAGGAGCUUCAUUUCUUUUUUUUUUUUUAAUUUUCUUUUGUCCACCUCCCUGGGUUUUUUUCCAACCUGGAGGAGCCGAGUCGAGCCGUUUUCCACGAUGAUAUGUCUCUAACAUGACCAAGCAUUUUCAAUAACUAUGGCUUGAUGAUAAAAGAUACUAGCGCCACUACAACUCACUGUUAGGAAAACAUCAACAAAUGUACAAAAACAAGCCUACGUUGAUAAUGGCUCGGACUACUUCUCAAGGUUAGUAUUAUUAUUCGAUGAGCACAGGUAUCUAAAGAGUUUGCUAGCCAACAUGGAAGCUAAACAGCGAAUACAGUAGGUAAAUCAACACUAAUAACAACAGCACAGGUUAACACAGUAGAACUAGCAUAGCCGAUUAUACAGGCAGACCUAACUAUUGGAUACAGAGGAUGAAAAGUGUAAUGAUCGACUACUGCGUCCACUAGUACCUCUUUAUGCUGCCGGCCCCUUUCUGCUCAACACUUCUCUCUUUACAGCUCGGCAAAAAUCUGACAAAAAUAUUUACAAUGAGAGAGAAAAAAAAUUUAAUUGUGGAGAAACAGUUGUUUAGUGUUUUUUUUUUGUUUGUCUGCAUUUCUUUUUUUUAGAUGUUUUUUUCUUCCUUUCAUAUGUUUUUUGUUGUUCUUUUUCGACUUAUCUCAGAGAAUUGUCCCCAAUGAUGAGCAACAAACAAACAAACAAAAAAAUCCAGUCAUAUCAGCUAGCAUUGCACAGUCUCAGAGAGGUUUUUGGGGAUGGAAUGGAGAGUUAUCGUCCAAACAGUUGGAUGAACACAGAAGGGGGGUAGGAGGAGGGGGAAGAAGGUCAAUAAAGUUCAUGAGGGUGUGAAAGUUCAAAAAGUUCAAGAAGACAGAGGAUGGCUGCGCAGCUGACGAUACGUAAACACUCCCCACACCACCGCACAGGGGCGGUGCAUGUGUCGGCGUGCGUGGUUUGGAUGUUAAACGACAAAAAAAAAAAUCAUCAUUAGGAAAUGAAGUUUUUGAAUCUUUCCCAUCGAGAAAAAUCAAAUGGAGCGAGAGCGAGAGGGGGUGGGGGUGGGGGUAGAGAGAGAGAAAAGGUGAGGGCGGGUAGAAAGAGGGGAAGGUGAGGAGAGUGAAAGGUGCCCCCAACACUAUGGCACACAAUCAAUGAAGUCCCACAGGCUGAAGAGAUGACAGAAUUAGGAAAGCAGCUGGCAUGAGCGGUAGGGCUUUUUUAGGUAGGUUGAGAGGCAGGACAGUAGGUAGGUAGCCAACCUGCAGAGGGGUUAAUCCUUGUCGGGUUUAGCUCUGUGGGGGGUGGUGAGGAGGAGGAGGAGGAGUGGUGGUGGUGGGGGGCAAGGUGCUGUUCAGUUGAGGCGUCAUGAGCGACAUCAUGUUAUGAGGGCGGAGCAUGCUGGCUUCAUGGGUGCUUCCAGGAUGGAUGUCCGACACACAAGAACAACUCAAAGAAACGCUUGGAAUGGUAGUUGUUGUUGUUGUUGUCUUUUUUUGUUUUGUUUUUUCCUCUCUGUUCUAUUUUGGCACUCGAGAGAAGAGACUCGUGGGAGGCGGAGGAGGAAAGUGUGUGUAUGUUUGGGCAAGGAGGAGGAGUGGGCAGUGAAAGUGCAAAAAAGAGGGCAUGGAAGAGUGUGUGUGUGUGUGUGUGUGUGUGUGUGUGUGUGUGUGUGUGUGUGGAGGGGUAAACAGGCUACACACAGAAAUGGCAUUUUGUUAAAACUGGUCUAGGUUAGACAGAGCAUACAGUACAAAUCAAAACCAGGAAAAAAAAUCAACAGAGAACGAGAAGAAGGAACAGAAAAACAGUGAUAUGAAAAAUGCAUUCUACAGUUGCUGGUGCUUUGAUGGGGCCCGAGCUGGGGGAGGAAGGGGGAUUGGAAAAGGGGAAGAGCGGGGUCCCAUAAUAUAUCUUAGAGGGUGUUUGAAGAGGUCGGAGGGUCAGUGGUGGGUGUGGGUGAGAGUGAGUUUGAGUUUGUGGAGGUGGGUGGGGCAGUGGCGGUGGAGGGGAGGGGCAAUAAACAAUAGCUGAGGACUAUGUCGAAGAGCCACACCCACUGAGAAGCAAUGAGGUCACCUGGCGAGCAGGUGAGAAUUACAUUUGCAUUCCUCUACACAUCACAAUAAAAAAAGAAAGAAAAAAACAUGACUAGCCGGCUAUGUCGCAACACAGACACCAUGAGCACGGAGCUGGCCUAAAGCAGACAAACUCAGAGAGAGGGAGAGAGAGGAGCAUGCACAUCUAAAUACACUGCUGAAUAAACACCUACAGUAAGGCUACACAUCUACAGUAGUCUUGCACACUGACCCCCACCUCAGCUCGGCCUGCCAUGCACAAUAACAGCAGAAAGUUUAGUGCAAACACGUCGCUAGGAGCAGAAGUGGAAAUUUUAUUUUUUUUUUAUUUUUGGGGAGUUUUGUAGGAAGUGGGCCAUUUCCCAUGACAACAUCUGUCAGGAUACAAAACAUGACCACACUGAAAAUACUCUGGUUUCUGGAUGCAUAAUAAGGAAUGAGAGAGUAAGAGAGGUGGACAGACUUUAAAAUGUCUCUUUUUUUUGUUUGACACUGAAGCCAAUAAAGCAUCUAAUUGAACUUAACAGGGAAAAUAGACAGAGGAGCGAGAGCGAGAGCGAGAGCGAGAGAGAGAGAGAGAGAGAGAGAGAGGGCGGGAUCAGGAUUCAAA